AGGAACUGAAUCGAAUUAAUAUCUGGGGGUUGGCGUCUCUCCACGCGUAAUGGGCUGCGGUGGCUUCUCCUUGACGGGAGGAUGAUGGAGGAGGAAGUGAAGCUCGCUGGUGGUGCAGUGAACUCCUGAAGAAAGGAUGGAAACAUCAAAUAUGCUGAACUUAACAAGUAAUGCCAAAGGAUGCUGAUCCGGCUCUCAAAGCUGCCUUGUUGGAGGGAACAGAAUUCCUUUGUGCUCUGAUUCCGAAAUUAUUUCCCUGCUUUUGUGUUCCUUCCCUGAUAGACACGAGAGGAAGCACCUCAUCUCGUGUUGCUAAAGGAGUGGACUGCACGAAAAUGAGUCUCCAUGGUGCGAGUGGUGGACACGAGAGGUCGAGGGACAGACGCAGGUCGAGCGACAGAUCCCGUGACUCGUCCCACGAGAGAGCAGAAUCUCAGCUCACUCCCUGCAUCAGGAAUGUUACUUCACCAACCAGACAGUAUCAUUCUGACCGAGAAAAGGAUCACAGCUCAUCCCGACCAAGCAGCCCUCGUCCCCAGAAAACAUCCCCAAACGGUUCUGUUGUCAGCAUGGGGACCAGCAGUAGGAACAGCAGCCAGUCCAGUUCAGAUGGGAGCUGCAAGACUGGUGGGGAAAUGGUGUUUGUGUAUGAAAAUGGAAAAGAGGGAGCUCGGAAUGUAAGAACGUCUGAACGAGUAACGCUCAUAGUGGAUAACACCAGAUUUGUUGUAGAUCCUUCUAUCUUCACUGCACAACCUAAUACAAUGUUGGGCAGGAUGUUUGGGUCAGGCAGAGAACAUAACUUUACACGUCCUAAUGAGAAAGGAGAGUAUGAAGUUGCUGAAGGAAUUGGUUCCACUGUGUUUCGUGCUAUUCUGGAUUACUACAAGACUGGAGUGAUUCGCUGUCCCGAUGGGAUAUCUAUUCCUGAGCUGAGAGAAGCAUGUGACUACCUCUGCAUCUCUUUUGAGUACAGUACUAUUAAGUGCAGAGAUCUCAGUGCCCUCAUGCAUGAACUGUCAAACGAUGGUGCUCGCAAGCAAUUCGAGUUCUACCUGGAAGAAAUGAUUCUCCCACUGAUGGUAGCCAGUGCCCAGAGUGGGGAGAGGGAGUGCCACAUUGUUGUGCUGACAGAUGAUGAUGUUGUUGACUGGGAUGAAGAGUAUCCUCCACAAAUGGGAGAGGAAUAUUCACAAAUUAUUUACAGCACAAAAUUGUAUAGAUUCUUCAAAUACAUUGAAAACAGAGACGUGGCCAAGUCUGUCCUGAAGGAACGAGGGCUCAAGAAGAUCCGUCUAGGGAUCGAAGGGUACCCCACCUACAAGGAGAAGGUGAAGAAACGACCAGGGGGAAGGCCAGAGGUGAUCUACAACUACGUGCAAAGGCCUUUCAUUAGGAUGUCCUGGGAGAAGGAGGAGGGGAAGAGUCGUCACGUUGACUUCCAGUGCGUGAAGAGCAAAUCCAUCACCAACCUGGCGGCGGCGGCGGCAGAUAUCCCCCAGGACCAGCUGGUGGUGAUGCACCCAACCCCCCAGGUGGAUGAGCUGGAUAUUCUGCCCAUCCAUCCUGCCCCUACUAACAGUGAGCUGGAUGCUGAGGGACAGAACCCACCGCUCUGAUCCAGACUCUGCCUAAAAACUAAAGCAUGCUCCUUCCAGUGACUGUACUCAACUCAUUCUACACUGCAAGUCCAGUUUUUUCCAUUGUGUAACAGUGUUUAGGAUAUUGCAGUCUGGACCUUUGAAAAGACCAAAGGGAGUCCCUGGUGGUUUUUGGAGGAGUACAGAUCAAACACCUGGGUUACAGUUACAUACGUGUCCGUGUUUACCAGUAGGUUUGUGGCGUUGGUGAUUUGUAUGCUGGACUGUCCUCACUCUUAACCCAUCCUCUCCCAGGGGGAUGCUGGUGGCUGCUGUGCAUCAGUGUUGUUACACAGGGGUUAGAAUGCAGAGUUGGAAUUGAUAGUAGCACUUUACAAGUGGUUGAGAAAUGGAAUUUGAAGCCAUUUUUUAUAAAUGUAUUGCACAAUACUAACAAAGUGCUUCUAUCAAAGGUAUUAACUGUACAUAGUUUUGCUCUGAAUAGAUUGACCCUUUUCAAGUUACUGUAUAUGGUUGAGCACAAAACUACUUCCUGCUGGGUUUUUGGAUUGAGGAUGUGAUUCAAGGACCCACGUUAACAUCUUGUUCAAGUUCUUUAGUGAAUUUUUUCACUCGUUUGCAGCGUGAGCCAUGGUCAAAACUUGUGAACAACAGAUAGGGGCUUUAUCUUCAAUUUUGCCUUACCUUAAGCUGUUCACAAAUAUUUAUUUAAUACAUUUUUCAUAAGUGUCAUGAAAUAGGAAAAUGCAGAUGGUUCAUUCUUCAUUUAUUAAUGAUUGUAAACAAGUUUUUCAUGCAAAUAAAGUUUCCAUUAUUUUAACGGGCUUGAAUUAUC